GAAGAAGGAGGAGCUUCGCGCCGCAUGGAGGACACGGAGAUGACGAGCGCCGAGCAGCAGGACGAGGAGAUGCUGGUGCAGCGCGAGGACAGCGGCGCCGGCGGCGGCGAGCGCCAGAUCCAGAUCCACCCGCUCGUGAUCGUGAACGUCGCCGACCACCAGACGCGGCAGAAGUGCAACUCGCAGCUGAGCCAGACGGAGGCGCCGCAGGUCAUCGGCGCGCUCUUCGGCAUCCAGAAGGGGCUGGACGUGGACGUCUACGACUCGUUCGAGAUGAAGUACGACGUCGGCAGCAGCGGAGAGAUCCAGAUCGACAAGGAGUUCCUCACCUCGCGCAUCCAGCAGUUCUCGCAAGUUUUCCCGGGCUUCGAGCUCCUGGGCUGGUACACGGUGGGUGCGAAGGUGCUCCCCAGUGACCUGGCGGUGCACCGCGUGGUGAUGGAGUUCAACGAGAGCCCGCUGUUCAUGAUCUUGGACCCGGAGUCCAAGGGUCCGAGUACCAAGAAGAAGCUGCCGAUCUCGCUGUUCGAGUCGGAGCUGCACAUGCUGAACGGCGUGCCCAAGAUGAUCUUCGUCAAGGCGCCUUUCAAGAUCGACACGUCCGAGACAGAGGGUAUCGCUAUCGACCACAUCUCGAAGAUUGCACCCAUCGGCGACGCCAGCAAGUCUACCUUGCACCCGUACCUGGGCAACGUCCGAGACGCCGUCAAGAUGCUGGACCGGCAGGUGGACGUGCUACUGCGCUUCUUGCAGGCUAUGAAGAACGGCGAGGCGCCGCUGGACCACAACCUGCUGCGCCACAUCUCGAGCAUUUGCAACCAGCUGCCGGCGAUGACGUCCGAGCACUUCGACGCGGCGUUCACGCAGGAGUACAACGACGCGCUGCUGGUCUCGUACCUGGCCACGCUCACGAAGGGCGCCACGAACGCCAACACGGUGGUGGACCGCUUCGCCGCCACGCAAGAACGUCACCACCAGCGCGGCACGUUGCUAUGAUCGCGACGUCGCGGCGCGUCGGCGACAACAGCCGUCAAGCGCAGUUGAAGUGGUUUUAUGAAUUAGGACGUUGAAUCAAACCUAAAUCUGGGGGUCUCAAAUAAUUUGGAACGCCGGA